AACUUGUCCGAGACACUCUCUCUCUCUCUCUACACACAUACUCCAUUACUCGACCGUUUUCUUCUCCAUUCCAUCCUCACACACACACACACCAUUUCACUUUUAUAUUCACACACAAAACAUACCAACAGGCUUUGUUACAUCAUUCUAAAAAUACAUAUGCAUAUAAUAAUAGAUAUAAACAUAAGUAAUAAUUAGUGGGUUUAAUAAAGUGAUAGAAAAAAAAAGGGGGUGGGGGUGAGGGAGAUGGUGAUACACAAACAGUUGUCAAUGGGGAAGAAAAGCAAGGAAUUAGAGAAUGUAUGGAUGGCUGCCCACUUUCCUAAACGUAUUAAGAAAGAACUUGUUCAUUACACCAAUAUCAUUUCUUCUGUUGAUAACAUAUUGGUGGACCAAAUUUCUGUUGUAACAUAUAGAAUAUUAGGAUUUCUUCUACUUGGAGUGGCAAGGAUAUACGCAAAGAAGGUUGAGUAUCUGCUGGUCGACAGCAAUAGAAGCAUGAAUGAAAUUCAAUUAUAUUUUGAGGGGAGGAGAAAAGAUACUGUUAAUGUCACGGGUAUGUGCUUACCUGAAUCUUCAGGACAUAGAUCCAAACAAAACACUGUAGACGUGCCUGUAUCGGAAUUUUCUAGUAAAAAGAAAUCCAAUACUUUUAUUGAAGCUAUGCGUGCACAAUUCUCUUCAAUCAGCAUGCCAGAAACUUUUGAACUAGACGCAUUUGAUCUGGAAAUCGUGGAAGAUGAUAGCAGCAAUGACCACGUGAGACCCCAUUUGGAGCUUGUGCUUAAUGAUGCAUGGGAAAAUGUCCAAACAAGGCAUCAUAAUUAUGGCAAGCAGCAUGGGGAUGCAUAUGCUCGAUUUUCUGACCAUGCUUCCACUUCUACUUCGGCUAUGGCUACAAACUUUAACCCAAGUAACUCGGAAAAAAGUGCUGAGAAGUUUCGUCAUAGAUUUUCACUGGAGGAAUGCCUGGAUCCCAUGGUGCUCGAUGAAACUGAUGACGAAGAUGUCCCUGUAAAACCCUUUAUUGAGCAAGAGCCAGAAUGUACUAAUAUAAAUAUCCCAGAUAUAAUAUUUGAGGAUGGUGAAACUUCACAUAUGCAUCCUGUUGAAGACAGUACAACUGGGCAAACAGUUGUUUUGGAACUGACAUCCGCUGAUAACAUAAUUCUCAAACCUAGUCCAGACAAAUGUCAAGUGUCGGUUACCAUUGACGUGACCCCUCAGUCAAAGGCUCCAGUUGUUUUAGGUGAACACAAAUCAGAUUGUGUGGCUGUCCGUACCCCAGCUCCCAUGAAUGAAGUUAGGCUCCCAAGGAAACGCAAAUGUGUUUUUGAUGAACCGAGAAAGAUUCCUAAUGAUGUAUAUAGAGACUGGCUUGAGGAUGCAAGUGACCUAGUAUGCAAAAGGAGGAUUACAUCUUCUCUUCAUGCUUGGAAGCAACGUAGGUCUACUGAUUAUUUUCUGGAACCUAUAGUUGCCAUCAGUGCAGAUUUUCCAUCGGAUCUCAGGUCAGUUAUUUCCACGAAAGAGCUGGUGCUGGAAGAAGUUGAGGAGACAAGGGAACCGGAUCCAAAAGUUACUGAAUUAAUGCCCCUGAACAUGAACAAAGUUUCUGAGGAAAGAGAAGAAACCAUUGCUCCCUCAACGCCCCUGAACAUGAACAAAGUUUCUGAGGAAAGAGAAGAAGAAACCAUUGCUCCCUCAACGCCAGUAACCCGAUCGACAUCAUUGAGAUUCCAUGAGGUCCAUGCGAAGUCCUUGGCCAGUCAAGCGGGACCGGCUAGUUCAUCCGAGACUGUAGAAAGAGACUACCGUCGAGUCGUUGGUGUAGAUAUGGACGAGGUUCAGUUGGAAGAGGGACCAAGUGCUUUGGGUGAAAGCAAUCAAGAAAACUUCCUCACUGCAGAAAAGUGGUCAGCUGUUACAAAAAGCAUUGCGCGUCGCAUGCAUGGUUAUUUUGUAUGUUUGAAAGAAAGAGGAGAAGAGGGAGCUCUAAAGUUGUCCCAGAUCUUGAAACAGAAAACUAAGAAAGAAAGCGCAAGGUUUUUCUAUCAGAUACUGGUUCUGAAAACUGGAGGAUAUGUCGACGUGAAACAAGCAAAGCCAUAUGAUGAGAUCCAUGUGAUGCAAACUCCAAAGCUGGAGGAAGUUUUUGUAGCACGCGGUCGCAAAUGAAACUGCAACAACCAAAUGAUGAGGAUUGUACAAAAGAGUAUAACCGAAAAGUGAUAGCCCAUAGUUGGUUUUAUGUUCUUAAAUUUUCCAGGUCCUAUCUCUGGCUUUUUAGUUUUAUAUAAGAAGUUGUAGUAUUUAGUUUAUUAGGUCCAGCAAAUAUGGUAACUUAUUGCAUAGUUCUGGUAGAGUUUCCUGGAUGGCCGAGUCUGCUAUGACUAAUUGCGUGGUCAUCAGGUCUUAGUUUUAACCAACUUUUUUCUGAUGUUAGACAAUAAAGUUGAUGUCCUUUCCUA